AAUGAUGGAAGUGUGUAGACGAAGCGAUUACAACGGCUCAAAUUCCGGUUCUCAUCAUCAACCGUCCCAACAGGCACCCUCACUUGUGGCAAAUUUUGUACCGAAUUCUAACGGUAAUGUGACCUUCACUAUAAACAAUCAGCUUACGAGCCAGGUACAAAGGCUGGUAAGGGAAAGGUCAGGUUACGAUAACUUGUAUCAAAUAUAUAAUGGCCGUUCAGUCGGUCGACAAUAUACAACGGGAAGUCGAGCAGAUCCUUUCCAACAUCAGCUCGUUUCAAGUAUCCUGUGUCCAGCAAGUUAUCAAGGAAUGGGAGGGUCACCUGCAAAACAUGUGACGGUGGUACAACAACCUCCUCUUCAGAUUCAACCUCCGAUACUAAGCCAGCCUGGUCAACAACAAUACGUGCCCGUUAGCGUAAUGGAACCAAGCGGAAGACAAAUGUUGCUCACGGUUAGUUCUGUCUUUUUAUUUUUGUAAUAAUUUAAUACUCUA